AUGGGUGGGUGCCUUGCGACCCGUUUUUAUACCACUGACCCGAAAUCGGGUCGGUGGUCGGCUAAGUUUGCCUUUUCACUACACUCCUUUCUCCCCUCCGCCCUCCCUCCCUCGCUUCUCCCCUCUGCCCACCCUCCCUCUCUUCUCCCAUCCGCCCACCCUCCCUCACCUCUCCCCUCCGCCCACCCUCACUCCCUCCUCCUCUCCGCCCACCCUCCCUCGCCUCACCCCUUAGCCCACCCUCCCUCCCAUCUCCCCUCCGCCCACCCUCCCUCGCCUCUCCCCUCCACUCCGCAUCCACUUCUCCUGCUGCCCUUCUCUCCUCCCCCCUGCCCUCCACCCCACCCUCGCCUCUCUUCCCUCUGA